AUGUCCUCGUAUUGCAAUGGAGUUGAGAAAAUUACGAAAAGUCGAGCGGAAAAGCAUAAAGCCGACGUUGAUUGUGACUCAACUUUCGAUGAAGAAAAUAUCAAGAUUGAGGUUUUUCGAGGCUUCGAAAAGAUACCGAAAGUGGUAUUGGCGCGUUACGACAUCACCCCUUACCUAAAGAAUGAAGUUAGAGUUGUAAGAGAAGACCUAGAGCAAUUAAAGCAAUCAAUAUUGACCGCGUCUCCUAGAUCUGACAUAUCAGUCACAGGGCUUAACGAAAGCAUGGCCAACUUGAAAUGUAAAAUAUGUAACAAAGUCUAUGCCAGUGAAAAAAAACUGCAUAACCAUCAGCAAAACAAACACAUGAUAGUUUACAAGCCAGAAGCAAAGCCACAGAAACGCGUCUCCUUCUCAGAUCACAUCAUUGUUCAUGAAGUCAAGGAAUACCAUAAAUGCAGGAAAUGUCCAAGGAUAUUUGAGGAUUAUAAGUCACUCAAAGUUCACAUGAAACAGAAACAUAAAAAGCGUAAAUGUUACAUUUGUCACUAUUGUAACAAGAACUUUGUGGACCGAAUGUUCUUUAAAGUCCAUAUUAAACUACAUUGUGAUGUCUGUGGGGAGUUAUUGCCAAACAAGGCAAAGUAUUUAGAUCACAGACGCAAUGUAUGUAGAGUACUAAAAAUGCACAAGUGUAAAACCUGUGAUUCAUCAUUUUUUAAAUUUAUGGACUUGAAAGAUCACAGCUACGAACAUCUAAGUACGUUUUUUAUUUGUGACAUAUGCAAAGAUCAAUUUGAAACCAAGUGUGGGGUAUCUCAUCAUAUUUCAUUCUUACAUUCAAAAAAACGGCCCACAGCUUUGUACAUGAUGAGAAAUUUGGGCAGUGAACGUUUAUAUUUAUGUAACUUCUGUGAAGAGAGCUCUGUGGACCGUGACUUGAUCGAGGCCCACGUUCAAGUUCUGCCAGAUCUUGCAAACCGUGCCAUGACUGGGUAUAAAGAUUACUACUUCUGUGAUCAAUGCCUAAGAAAGUUUGAUACAGAACAAGACAUGCUUCAACACAAAUGGACACAUUUCCUCAAAACAAGCGACAAUUCACAAGUACGGCCGAAGAGUAUACUGAGUAACAAUAAAAGUAAGAUAAGAACUACUUAUAAAGUUAAUGAGAGUAUACCGGACUAUUUGAAACCGCAGCUCGUUCUGGAAAAAGUAAAUAUUGACGCUAACAAUGCGAAUAAUUCUGAAAAUAUAAAACCGAAGAAAACUCUGAAGAAAACUAUUUUCUCUAACCAUCAAUGUCAGCAAUGUGGCAAAUACUAUUCGUCCAAUUAUUGUCUGAAUCGUCAUAUGGAAACACAGCACUCAGACUUUGAGAAUCUGAGGUGCAAAGUAUGUGAGGAGACUUUCGUGUGGCCCUCAUUGUUGAGAUCUCACAAAUGUAUACGUCUCCAAAUACCUGAAAUGCCAUUCGAUGAUGCGAGACCUGAGAUACACUUUGACAAUUUGCAUGAAAUUUCACAAAAUGGUUUCGAUGAUUUCAAUAUAAACGACAGUGAUGAUUACAUGAACUCUAUUGACUUUGAAAUACCUGCACCUAUUGUUGAACUAACAGAAGGUACAAACACUUUCGUGGCGAAUAUGAAUUGUGUUACUCCAUUACAGAACUUAGGAUACAAAGUUAUUAUGCAGGAAGUACCCAUAGAAUUUUAA